AUGGAGCUCUUGGGGUUCUUGACUAAAGGUUUUCCAAGUCAAACGAACCCGGCAUGGCCAUAUUCACCAUACGAAUUCGAAUUCGACUACCUUGCCGAGUCAUUGGACCCAGUUGUUCCCAACGUAGGCCCGGCCAUAACUCCGACGAAAACUUUUGGUCAAGUAAAUCAGACUCAAUACGACAUUAUUCUAGUUCCCGGAGGACCCGGGACACGCCCAUCCGUAAUCUCGCCUGCCGUGGUUAACUUUGUGAAAUAUCAGACUCCAGGUCUUCAAUAUCUGCUGUCCGUUUGUACUGGAGCCUGGGUUCUGGCUAAUGCUGGGGUUUUGGAAGGGAAAAACGCAACCACCAACAAGGCAGCGUUUGCUCAGAUUAGGAACGAGACCAGCAAGAAAAUCAACUGGAUUCCUAGGGCACGCUGGGUCGUUGAUGGCAGCACCUGGACAAGCUCAGGAGUAACCGCAGGAAUGGACAUGGCUAAUGCAUUCAUCAAGCAUCUUGUUGGUCCUGAGUUUGCCACUAAGGCAGUCAAUACUGUAGAGCUCAGAGCUGCGGAACAGGAUGAUGACCCAUUUGCGGAGGUUUAUGGCCUGGUUUAG